UGUAAAAUGACAGCCUAAUCAACAGCCUGGAAAGAGCUGGUGCAGUUCGCACUGCAAAAAGCUCUACUACUUGAAAUUGGCAGAGUUAUGUGUUCUCAUUCUUGGUGGCAAAUGCUUUGCGUUUAUUCAACGACAUAUUACAAGUCUUUAGCUCUGUGAGUAAGGUAAGGUUCUUGAACAAGCUUUGAUCUUUUUUCAUUUUAUUCUACAGCACCUCCAAAUUUUCAGACCCCCUUUUCCAUUUUUUAUGCCAAUUUUUGUUUCCUUUUCACGUUCAUUCUUUGUUAUAGUGGCCAUUUGUCAUUUAGCAUUGUUUUCUAUAGAUCUUGGGAUGAAGAAUGUGUAUAGCAUUUGAGGGCUUGUUUGGGAUAAAGUUGAGAUUUUCUUGAAAUCGAAAAUUAAAAAUCUUGGUUUUUGAGGAUUUGAGCUGUUUACAAUGUUGUCUACUACGAAUAUAGUGAUGUGGGUAGGUAUGGUUCUAGGUAUUCUAGGUCAAGGAUCAUAUUCCUUGUACGCUCCUGCUGAUAACUACUUGCUUGUCUGUGGAUCUUCACAAAAUGUUACCUUUAAUGAUCAUACCUAUGUUCCUGAUUCAUUAAAAUCUUCGGUUUCUUUAAAAAGUCAGGGAAAUUCUCUUGUUGCUACCUCCAAUUCCACUGCCCCAUUUCCAAUUUACCAGUCUGCUCGAAUUUUUACGAGCACGACAUCUUACAAAUUUGCGAUCGAGGAAGAAGGCCGGCAUUGGGUUCGGCUUUAUUUUUAUCCUCUUCCUGGUCACAAUUUGACAUCAGCCUCGAUUACAGUUGUUACCGAGAACUUCGUGCUCUUGCACAACUUCAGUUUCGAGACUUUUAAUGGUACUUACCUGUUUAAGGAGUAUGCAAUCAAUGUCACUUCGGAUAACUUGGUACUUAAUUUUAUUCCUUCGAAUAACUCUAUUGCAUUUGUUAAUGCAAUCGAAGUUGUUUCUGUCCCGGAUAGCUUAAUCCCUGACCAGGCAGUGACUCUAUCCCCCCCUGGACAUUUUACUGGGCUUUCUGGAUUUGCUCUGGAAACCGUUUAUCGUUUAAAUAUGGGCGGUCCCUUGGUCACUGCUCAGAACGACACUUUGGGAAGAACUUGGGAGAAUGAUUUUAAGUACCUUCAUGUCAACAGCUCAGCGACUAAUGUUUCAGUUAACCCUUGGAACAUAAAAUAUGGAGCUUCUGUUGCCCCUGAAAUAGCACCAAAUUGGGUUUACUCUACAGCUGAAACCAUGGGAGAUGCGAAAGUUGUCGAUGCAAACUUCAACAUUACUUGGGUCUUGCCAGUCGAUCCAAAUUUCACGUAUUUUGUUCGGGUACACUUUUGCGAUAUUGUGAGCAAAUCUAUGAACAGUCUGGUGUUCAAUCUAUACAUAAAUACUGAUAUUGCAUCUGGGAAUCUAGACAUAUCAAACCAAGCUGGAAACUUGGACGUCCCUGUCUACAAAGAUUUAGUGUCCAACACUUCUGCUGGUUCAGACACACUCUCUGUUAGUGUUGGUCCGGACACAAGUUCUGGUUCCAUGGAUGCUAUCAUGAACGGCCUGGAAAUCAUGAAGAUUAGCAAUGAAGCUAGAAGUUUUGUUGGACUUUCGGCCGUUGAAACUCUCCUUGUGGUUCCUCCAAAGAAGAAUAAAAUAGGUAUCAUAAUUGGCUCCGCUGGUGGAGCAGUGGCUGCAUUGGCGAUUAUUGGGUUGUGCUAUUGCUGCUUAGCGGCCCGCAGGUCCAAGUCCUCACCACAAGGAAAUACAUGGCUUCCUCUUCCUUUAUAUGGAAACUCUUUGACAAUGACUAAAAUGUCUACUCUUUCUCAAAAGAGUGGUACAGCCAGCUGCAUCUCAUUAGCUUCUUCCAAUCUUGGCCGGUUCUUCACUUUUCAGGAAAUAAUGGAUGCGACGAAUAAAUUUGAUGAAAGCUCCCUUCUUGGUGUUGGUGGUUUUGGUAGGGUGUACAAGGGAACACUGGAAGAUGGGACUAGAGUAGCUGUCAAAAGAGGGAAUCCUAGAUCCGAGCAAGGACUUGCUGAAUUCAGGACAGAAAUUGAAAUGUUAUCUAAGCUUCGCCACCGUCACCUUGUGUCUCUUAUUGGCUAUUGUGAUGAAAGAUCAGAAAUGAUUCUGGUCUAUGAAUAUAUGGCAAAUGGGCCUCUCAGAAGCCACCUAUAUGGAACAGAUCUCCCUUCUCUCCCUUGGAAACAGCGACUUGAGAUAUGUAUAGGUGCUGCUAAGGGACUUCACUAUCUCCAUACUGGGGCUGCUCAAAGUAUUAUUCACCGUGACGUGAAAACAACCAACAUACUCUUGGAUGAGAACUAUGUUGCCAAAGUAGCUGACUUUGGUCUAUCUAAAACUGGACCGGCUCUUGAUCAAACACACGUGAGUACUGCUGUUAAAGGUAGCUUUGGUUACCUUGAUCCUGAAUACUUCAGGCGGCAGCAACUUACUGAGAAAUCAGAUGUCUAUUCAUUUGGUGUCGUUCUAAUGGAAGUUCUCUGCACAAGACCGGCUUUGAAUCCUGUUCUUCCUCGGGAACAAGUUAAUAUAGCUGAGUGGGCAAUGACUUGGCAAAAGAAGGGCAUGCUGGAUCAAAUUAUGGACAAAAAUCUCGUAGGGAAGGUGAAUCCAGCUUCUCUGAAAAAAUUUGGAGAGACGGCAGAGAAGUGUCUGGCAGAACAUGGGAUUGAUAGGCCUUCCAUGGGUGAUGUUUUAUGGAACCUCGAAUAUGCUCUUCAGCUUGAGGAGACCUCAUCUGCUCUCACGGAACCUGAUGAUAACAGUACAAACCAUAUCCCUGGUAUACCGUUGACACCACUUGAGCCAUUUGACAACAGUGUGAGUAUGAUUGAUGUGGCUAACUCUGAUGAUGCUGAAGAUGCUGCCACCAGUGCUGUUUUCUCUCAGCUGGUAAAUCCACGUGGAAGGUGAAACAAAUAAUAUAGUUGGAUUUUCUGAUCUCAGCUGUUCAAUAUCCCUACAGAAAGGCUGGAUAUCUCUUUCUCACCAGCGGUGAAGCUGAUGUUACACUGGGAAUUCACCUCAAUUUUUCAUAUUAUGACUCGAUGUAUUAUAUAUGAUCGGAGGGGCUAAUGCAUUGUCCAAUAUUGUACUUGCAUAGCCCAAUAAUUGUAUCGUCAUUUUCAGUUAAAUUAAUACAGUUUACAGCUGCCCUUCAUGUAACUUGACUUGGAUACUUUAUAGAUUGUGCUUGCACUGGAAGCAUUCAUAAUCAUUAAAAGGGUUGAAUAUAUAUUCGAUCAUUUCUUUGGUUGAA